AUGUGCCUUCUGCCGGAUGGGCGUCCUGGGUCCCCGCAGGCAGGAUUACCUCAAGCCCAAGUCAACCCUGCACUAGUUCAGUUACAGGAUCCUGCCACACAAGUUCUAUACACUCAGUUAAUGACAAACCAAUUUUUUCAAAAUGUUUUAGCCCAAGCCUCACUGCUGCAACCUGCUGUUGCAGUAGCACAGCAGCAGCAGCCUCAAAUUGCUUUGGCGAACCCAACACCAAGCUUAGCAACACAGGCCGUACAGGGUACAGUACCGGCACAACUUUUGUUGCAACCGAGUCAGCAGCUAUUACAAUUUCUUAUGAUGAAUCAGCAGUUAGCUGCUCAAGCACUGCAACAACCUCAAAUUAACCCAUUUAAUCAGACACAGGCUGUACAACUACGGGGCUUGUCUUGUUAUACUCGGUCCACUAGUAGAACUGGUAUGAUCCGGAAGCUUCUUUUAUAA